AUGGCAAUGUCGUCAGAGAACGAAUAGCCAGUGAAGGCUUUUGGAUGGGCAGCCAGAGAUUCUUCGGGACAUCUCUCUCCCUUCAAGUUCUCAAGAAGGGCCACCAGAGAAAAAGAUGUGACUUUUAAAGUAUUGUACUGUGGUAUAUGCCAUUCUGAUUUCCACAACGUCAAAAAUGAAAGGAGAAUAACUUCUUAUCCUGUUGUACUUGGGCAUGAGAUUGUUGGUGUGAUCACUAAAGUAGGCACCAAAGUGACAAAAUUCACAAUUGGAGACAAAGUGGGUGUUGAGUGUAUGGUCGGAUCGUGUUGCUCUUGUGCAAAUUGCAAAGACAAUCUUGAAAAUUAUUUCCCCAAGAUGAUCCUAUCCUAUGGUGCAAAGUACUACAAUGGAACCACCACUUAUGGUGGUUACUCAGACAUCAUGGUAUCAGAUGAGCAUUUUGUAAUUAAAAUCCCUGACAACUUGCCUCUUGAUGGUGAUGCUCCGCUCCUUUGUGCUGGGAUUACUGUUUAUAGUCCAUUGGAGUACCAUGGGCUUAAUAAGGCUAGAAUGCACUUAGGGAUUGUUGGGCUUGGUGGGCUUGGGCACAUGGUUGUAAAGAUUGCUAAGGUCAUGGGCCUCAAAGUGACUAUCAUCAGUACCUCACCUAAUAAGAAGAAGGAAGCCGUGGAGCAUUUAGGAGCUGAUGGAUUCUUGAUUAAUGCUAACAUCUUUUAUAAACUGCAAUCUGCAAUGGAUACAGUGGAUGGCAUCAUCGGCACUGUCUUUGUAGUGCAUGCUCUUUUGCUUUUGAUCGGUCUCUUGAAAACUAAUGGCAAGCUUGUCAUGGUGGGUGCACUGGAGAAGCCACUUGAGCUACUUGCUAUGCCACUUCUCAUGGGUAAAAACAUUGGGGAAGGAAGUGCCAUUGGAGGGAUUAAAGAGACACAAGAGAAGAUGGAUUUUGCAGCAAAGCACAACAUAGUCACGGAUAUUGAGGUUAUUCCUAUGGAUUAUGUGAAUAUUGCCAUGGAGCGCUUGUUAAAAGCAGAUGUUAAGUAUCGAUUUGUCAUCAACAUUGCCAAUUCAUUGAAGCCAAUCUAA